AGGUUCAAUGUGUGAAAGUAUAUUGAGUGGUUCUAGUUAGAACUAGUUAGUAUAGCAGCUGCAUUGCAACAUAUACGACUAGAGAGAGAGUGUUAUGUCUUAUAACAAGAACAAUGCUGGCGUGAGACGUCUGAUGCGGGAGGCGAUUGAGAUGAAGGAGGCCACUGAUCUGUACCAUGCACAGCCCAUAGACGACGACAACCUGUUCGAGUGGCACUUCACUGUGCGAGGACCCCCUGACACGGAGUUCGAGCAGGGCAUCUACCACGGACGCAUCUCCUUCCCACCCGAGUACCCCAUGAAGCCCCCCAGCAUUUUCAUGUUGACCAAAAACGGCAGGUUCGAGGUGAACAAAAAGAUCUGUCUGAGUAUCUCUGGCUACCACCCGGAGACCUGGCUGCCCUCCUGGUCUGUGCGCACUGCACUCCUCGCCAUCAUCGGAUUCAUGCCCUCCAAAGCAGAAGGGGCGGUCGGGUCAUUGGACUACACACCUGAAGAGCGAACAAACCUGGCCAAGUUCUCGCUGUACUUCAAGUGUCCCAAAUGUGGCAUCCACUGUGGGGACAUCCUGAAACAACGUGAACAAUUAACAUCAUCUUCGUCCGCAUCCACCCACAAAGACUUGGAACUAGCGAAGAGUUUGGCACAGAAAAGUUUCACUCAAACUGCCACCUCGAGUACUGUGGACAUAAAAGAGAGGGGGGGCGACGAGGAAAAGGGGACAACGGCAGUUAGAAAACACAGCGAUGCUUUUCGGAGAGAUUCGGCUGAGGCGUGUCCGGUUGUUUCAUCAGGUAGGGACAAUCUCUCAGCUGAAUCUCAACAGAGCUCCGAAGUGCCUCAAAUUCCACAAACAUCGCCGUCUAGUACAUUGAAUGCCUCGGAUUCCAGUUCAGUGCGAUUAAGAACAGCAGAAACCAUAUGUUUGACAAACAUAAGCAAUGGAACAAGUGCAGCCGCAUCGGAAAUACACCAAAGAGUAACUGAUUAUCCCAAAACGCAACCAGAGAGAAGUCGACCGCCAACGCAGAGCAGCCGUCAAACUAGAGUUGCCGUCCAGCGAGCGAGACAGGAAACAGAUGUCACACAACUGGGCCUGAUCAUAAUUGCAUUGAUCAUUCUGCUCGCGAUAAUUUCACUUCUUCUGAGACGGCUUCUGAGCGAAUAUCCGGAAAUACUGAAAGCAAUUGGCCUGGACAAGACUCUUUGAGGCAGUGGAAUUCAAUGUAAUUGUCAAGACUCUAGUAUAAAAUUAAACUCCAAGGGGCAAAUUCGAUUUUCAUGAAGACUCAAAAUGUUUCAAACCAUAUAAAAGGUUAUAUUAAAUUCAAACUGGUGCUCUGUAAAACUUAUUUAAUUACGGUUACUUCGGUUCAAUUGGUUCUUUGCUAGUCUAAAAUAUA